CGAGGCGGGGAGCGGGGCGGAAGUGUCGCAGGGGCGCGCGCUGGAAGUAUGGCGGUUGCCCGCUGCUUGCGGCUGUGUGGGCGUUGGCGGCUGGCGCUGCUGGGGCUCGGCUGUCGCCGCCUCUUGGCCGCAGCGAGCCCCGGCGGCCUGGCGGGGGGCGACGCGCUGGAGGACGGCAGCGGCGCGGGGCGGCAGCGGCAGCGGCAGCGGCGGGGCGGACGCCGGCGGGGCCGUGCCGGGCCGGUCAUGAAGGCGCUGACGCCGCUGCUCGUCCCGGAGCAUUUCCCCAACGUCCCUCUCAUCGCCGGGACGCGCAACCCCGUCUUCCCGCGCUUCAUCAAAAUCAUCGAGGUAAAAAAUAAGAAGGUGGUUGAGCUGCUGAGGAGGAAAGUUCGUUUUGCCCAGCCUUAUGCUGGUGUUUUCCUUAAAAAGGAUGAUAACAAUAAAUCUGAUGUGGUGGAGGAUCUGAAUGAAAUCUACCAGAUGGGAACUUUUGUACAGAUUCAUGAAAUGCAGGACCUUGGAGACAAGUUGCAUAUGAUAGUCAUGGGACACCGGAGAAUUCAUAUAAACAAGCAACUAGAGGUUGAACCUGAGGAGCCUGAGAACAAACAGAAAGUUAGAAGGAAACAGAAGCGCUCUAAGAAAGAGGCUGAAGAGGAGCCUGGAGCAAAGGACCAAGCUGUGGAAGUGGUACUAGAUCCUGUAGCUGCUUCCUCGCAGGAAGUUCUCAUGGUAGAAGUAGAGAACGUGGUUCAUGAAGAUUUUCAGAUCACAGAAGAGGUUAAAGCACUUACUGCAGAAAUUGUCAAAACAAUCCGGGACAUCGUUGCCUUGAACCCCUUGUACAGGGAGUCUGUACUUCAGAUGAUGCAGGCUGGACAACAUGUGGUAGAUAACCCUAUCUAUCUGAGUGACAUGGGUACAGCACUAACAGGGGCAGAGUCACAAGAACUUCAAGACAUCUUGGAAGAAACCAGUAUUCCCAAACGGCUUUACAAAGCCUUUUCCCUUCUAAAGAAGGAAUAUGAGCUGAGCAAACUUCAGCAGCAUCUUGGAAGGGAGGUUGAGGAGAAGAUUAAGCAAACACACCGCAAAUACCUUCUCCAAGAGCAAUUGAAGAUCAUUAAGAAAGAGCUAGGUCUGGAAAAAGAGGACAAGGAUGCUAUGAAAUUUCGUGAGCGACUGAAGGAGCUGGUAGUGCCAAAACACAUCAUGGAUGUGAUUGACGAAGAGUUGAACAAGCUGGGCUUGCUGGAUAAUCACUCCUCAGAAUUCAAGAUAGUGGGCGUUUGGGUGGAUAAAAUAGGAAGAGGAUAUCAAGGGGAUCCAUCCUCCGCCUUUCUAGAGCUGUUGGACCCAGAACAGAAUGCUAACUUCUUGGAUUAUUACCUUGAUGUUCCUGUGGACUUAUCAAAGGUACUUUUUAUUUGUACUGCCAAUGUAACGGAAACCAUUCCAGAGCCACUGCGGGAUAGAAUGGAACUGAUCAACGUAUCGGGAUAUGUAAUAGAAGAGAAACUUGCAAUUGCAGAGAGGUACUUGGUCCCUCAAGUAUGAGUUCUGUGUGGCUUGGAUGAAAACAAAGCCCAAAUCACAUCGGAUGUCCUGACUGUUCUCAUCAAGCAGUACUGCAGAGAGAGUGGGGUGAGGAAUUUGCAGAAACAAGUAGAAAAGGUAUUCAGGAAAUCUGCCUAUAAAAUUGUGAGUGAAGAAGCAGAGAUGGUCCAAGUAACACCUGAAAACCUGCAGGACUUUGUAGGAAAGCCCAUCUUCACUGUGGAUUGCAUGUAUGAAACCACUCCUCCAGGAGUGGUGAUGGGUCUGGCCUGGAUCGCUAUGGGAGGUUCCACUCUCUUUGUUGAAACAUCCCUGAGGCGACCCAAAGACAAAGAGAACAAGGACGGGUCCCUUGAAGUAACAGGGCAACUGGGAGAUGUAAUGAAAGAUGCCAAAAUAGCUUACACAUUUGCAAGAGCCUUUCUGAUGCAGGAGGACCCCAACAAUGACUUUUUCAUGUCUUCCCAUAUCCACUUGCACGUGCCAGAGGGAGCAACACCAAAGGACGGACCAAGUGCGGUGUGUACGAUAGUAACAGCUUUGCUAUCACUGGCCAUGAAUUGCCCAGUGAGGCAGAACGUGGCCAUGACUGGAGAGGUGUCGUUAACUGGAAAAAUUCUUCCUGUCGGUGGAAUCAAGAAGACUAUUGCAGUAAGAGCGCUUAGCUUGCCUCUGUGCCCCAUCUGUGGGAGAGAGCCCUGGCUUCGGCUCAGCGGUGACUGGGACACCCAGGGUGAUGGCUCCUGUAGCGGGAGAGGCAGUGAUUCAAUGCACACUGUGCAGGAGCCUGCUGGAGGAGCAUGGGGACCUUGCCUGUGUCUGGCUGUGAGGAUGGAGAUGGGACCCCAGGCUUUGUGCCAGGGCACCUGUGGUGAUCUAGGUAUUUGACUGGUAGAAUAAAGGGUGGAAGGGAUCAUCUGGCUGUUAAAGCUGUCUUCUCUAACAGACCAGUAUGGUCCAAUAAUCUGUGCUGGGUUGAGGUGUCUGUUUAAAGAGGGCAUCCCGUGUAGAUCUGACGUAUCCAUAAGGUGUCAUCCUUAACAUUAAGACACUGUUCCCUAGUUCCAGCUCAAAUUUGUCUGACUUAAAAUUCCAUACAGAUAUCCCUAUGUUUUUCUGAUUUAGAUGGAAGGAACUUUGUCUUGCAUUUUCCCCUGCAAAGUUUUUGUACAUCAUAAUUGAGUUACUUUAUCCUUUUUGUUGUUGUUUUGGUUUGAUUUUUUGUUUAGUAGCUAUAUAGACUGAGUUCUCUGAAGCACUCUUGUGAGCCCUGGAUUUAUAGUGGUGCUUGCUUUUUUGGUUUCAGCCCUUUGCAGUCUUCAGAAUUCUUUUCCAGGCAUUGAAUCUGUCUGUAUUUCUCAUCUGCACAGCUCCUGCCUACAUCAGCCUUGCGUCACAUACUCUUUCGGUAGCCUGUUGAGCUGGGGCUUCACGUCAGUGUUGUGUCCCCAAAUCUGUUUGGGCUACAGCCUUGGGCAAUGUGAUUCCUUUUCCUUCUGUGGCUUUAGAAUAGGCAAAGAGGGCCGGUGUUACCUGUAUCAUUCUGCCAUCGGAGAAUAAAAAGGAUUAUUACAACCUUGCUGGAUUCAUUACAGAAGGCCUAGAAGUGCAUUUUGUUGAGCACUACAGAGAGGUAUUUGAUACAGCAUAUUCAAAGCUGGAUUCCACUGGAAGAUGACGUUAAACAACCCAAGGGCUGGAAGGUGGAAGGUCUGUCCCUUAAUGCUUGGCCCCCCACCCAGAAAUGGGGUGACCCGGGUGCCAUCCUGAAGCAGAACAUAGAGCUAUUGCUGCUGCGCAGCUGUUAAAAUGAAUUAUGGCUUUGGUAGAAAAAAGUAUGUGUCACUCUUAAUAUUGAAUUGUGAUCCAUGUUAAGUGUUUCCAAUAAAAUAGGCAAAAUUUUGCCUGAGGAAUUGUGCAUGUUAACAGCUGCCAGUAGCAGAGCUAGUCUAGUCUAUUCUAAUUAAAGAUUUUUCUGUUAUUUCACUGUAA